CUGGAGCUUGCGCAGUACUUAUCAUGGAGAAGAGGUGGAUGCAUGUUGCUGAAAAAGGGACCCUAUUUAUCUGCCCCUCCUCCCCAUGCAGUGAAGAGACACGGACGCAGGAUGUCACUGUGUCACAGCUACCACAUGAAGUAUUAUGGGUCAAGGCAGAGUACCAUGGGAAAGAGGUAAAAGGCCACCAAAGCCCCCAGAAACAGGAGCCCAAAGUCUUGCUGAGGGUUUGAUAUCCUGGCAGAUGCCACCGACCAGUAAUGAAUGCUGUCGGACAGAACAGUUUGCCUGGUGUGCUCACUCUUUCAUCUGUCCUAGAGAGAUAGAUGACACCCACCCUUGUGCUCCUCUGCUUCAGCUCUGUAGGGUGUGUGGCACAGGAGAAGGGGUGGAGCGUCACGCUUCAACCAGUAAUGCCUGGCAGAUACCCCAGCUGCACUCCACACGGACUCACUAGACAGCCAGCAGAAGCAGGAAGGAGUGAUUGGGCACCUUAGAAGUCCAUCAGCACAACAGGAGGUGGACUUUGGCCAUGGACCUGACUUUGGGUAUGGAAGCCCAGGCUCUCCUAGAAGACAUGUUGGAGAUCACUGCCCAGAGUCUUGUACCUAUGGAAGUGACAGAGCAUUACCAAGUCAUCAAGGAGCUGGGAAAGGGGAAAUAUGGCCAAGUGGUACUGGUGACGCACAGAAAGAGAGGGACUCCAAUGGCUCUCAAGCUGUUGCCUAAGGCAAGCACCAAGUUGCAGAACUUCUUGUAUGAAUAUUGUGUGGCACUUUCACUCUCUGUGCACCCUGCCAUCAUUGGCAUGUUUGGCAUUGCUAUAGAAUCCAGCCAACACUAUGGUUUUCUGUAUGAGGCAGCCCUGCACAAAGACCUGAUAUCCAUCAUCAAACCCAAGGCGGGGAUCCCUGAGCCAGCAGCUAAGCUCUGUGCCAAGCAGUUGGUGAGUGCACUGGACUUCAUCCACAGCCGAGGCCUUGUAUACCGAGAUGUGAAGCCCGAAAAUAUCCUGCUUUUUGACCGCCAUUGCCAUUGUAUUAAACUGACCGAUUUUGGCUUGACAAGACCCCAAGGUACCUUGUUGCGUCUUGUAGCUGGCAUCAUCCCCUACACUGCCCCUGAGCUGAGCCGUGGCACUGGCGAUACCCCAGGCCUGCCCAUUGAUGCCAGCUUGGAUGCCUGGGCUCUUGGGGUGUUGAUCUUCUGCCUGCUCACCGGCUACUUCCCUUGGGAGAAGACAGUGCCUGAGGAUUCAUUCUUUGAUGACUUUUUGAUCUGGCAGGAAUCUGGCUUGGAUGAAGAUUUACCUUAUCACUGGCGCCCGCUCUCAAAAGAUGCCAUCGCAAUGUUACAGAACCUCUUGGCUCUGGAUCCCACAAAGCGUGGCCCAAUCCGCCGGGUGCUCAGCUACCUUGAUCGGCCAUGGCGAGCAGAGGCGAGCCCCAAAGAUCCCCUGGUGACAGUGCAAUAAAGCUGAAACAAUUUGAUAGGCAGGGGGAGAAGAGCAUUAAACUCCCCCUAUUGUGGGGUGGGAAGAGAAAUAUGUUCAACUGCAAUUUCCAUUUCACCUGGCCAGUAUAGCCACUGAAGAGUGGAGUCAUAGUCCAAUCCCAUCUGGAACAAAAGUGAGCAAACUGGCUCAUGGCCUGCACGUAAGGCUGUUGGGGCCCCUCAAGAGGAAACCUAAGACUUCAUCAGAUCAUUGGGAGAGAAGCAGGGAAAAGUGUUGUGAAAAGUGGAGAUCCGUCGUAUCCCUUUUUCUCCUGGCAAAGUCCAUCUUUGACGAUAGCCAAACAACUCACAACCUUCUUCCCGCUUCCCCCACACUUUCAUGAGUCAGGAAUCGGGUAACAUUAAAAUUGAAUCUUCUCUCCGUUUUAGCAUGCUGGCAAGAUGGAUUCCCAUGGAUGGCCACUGGAAGUAGCUGUGUGGCCUCAGGGGGACUCUAUUUUGCCAAUGUGCUAAAACGAAGAGAAAACGAAGGGAAACUUCCAUGUGAUAAGGUCCCUAGAACGCUUCAAAAAUGGGGAAAAAGUUUUUUGUUUUACUCAAAAGUUCCCCAUGCUCAAUUUUACCAUGUUUACCAGGUUCGUUCAAAACCCCUCCAACAGUCUAGUGGAUAAAAGCAAGGCAAACCUCAAAAAGGUAAUGAAAUUAAAAUUAAGAGUACUAUGUAAAAACUGAAAGACCUGCAGUGUCUUAAUUUUAAUUUACAAACUUUUAAAGCUACAAACUUUGGCAAAUUUUAUACUUUAUCUAGAGGAAUUUUUUAAUCUUAAUGCUAAUGCAAUGUUGGUGGCAGAAAUUCCAUGGGUGGGGAGAGAAUCAGUCUGUAAACUGCUUUUCAAUUAUUCAAACCAGAAGUCCAGAAAUUUGAAUCUCUACAAAACAUUUUGCAACAGAUGUAUUGUGGGAUAUACAUUUUGAAGAGAUGAAAACAUACCUUCCAACAUUUGAUAGUUGAAAUCUGAACAUGAACACACAAGCUAGAAGAGGCUAUAGCAGUUUGCCUUUUAGUCUAUUGGAAGUGCAAAAUUCUGCUACCACUUUCCCAGAUAGAAUUACUUGAGUACAAACUACUUUUGCAUUUUGAAUUUAUUUUUUUACCAACUGGGGUAAGUUGAGAACAAUGAGUGAAAAUGAAAGAAGGAAUUUUUAAAAGCAUCUUAAAAAGUUGAUAAAAUGAAUUGGGACAACCCUUAACUGUAUUGUGAAGGAGUUCCCCCUACCCAUAGUAUGUGGCAAGAGAAUGCUUAAGGCAUGAUAUUAGAAGAAUUCAGCUGUGUGUCUGUAUCUGCCGUGUUCAAAAAUGCAUGCACAAUUGUUUUAUUACAUUUCUUUGUUUUCCAACGUUUCAUGAAUAAAUCUUUCUUUUUUAAAAUUAAAAAUUAAUAUAACAUAAA